AUGGGGCCGCCGGGGAAGCAGCGCGGAGUCGGGGUGGCGGGGGACCUGGCGGCACUGGCGGAGCUGGACGAGGCGUCGCUGCUGAGCGCGCUGCGGGACCGCUUCCUGCGGCAGCAGAUCUACACCGACGUGGGGGACAUCCUCAUCGCCGUGAACCCCUUCCAGCCCCUGCAGCUCUACGGGAGAGAGGUCUCCGAGCAGUACCGGUGCCAUGAGAAGGGCACGCUGCCUCCGCACAUCUUCGCCGUGGCCGACCGUGCUUACCAAGCCAUGCUGGGUCGCCGCGGCGCCCGGCCGCAGAGCCAGUGCAUCGUCAUCAG